UCGAUGAAGAUUAAGUUCAAUCUAGAUUUUUAAUGACGUUCAGUCCACAGUGGAAAUACUGUAUUAUGAUCUCUUUCUCUUGUCCUCUUUUUGUUCCAAGCUAGAAACAGCAAUAUGAAGUCACUGGCCUUCUUAAUCCUAGCUGUGGUUCUCUCUAAAGGUGUAGACAGUGUCACCCUGACAGAUAAAGACUAUGAAAUUGCAGAUAAACUCCUCACAUUUGGGGCUGAAGCUUUUUUGAAAUUCUUGGACAACCUCAAAAUAGCAGCGGAAACAGCUGUGAAAAACAAUGAGAUAAACAAAACAGGCAAUGAAAUGCAAGACUUUUGGAACUCUUUGAAAGAGUUAAUCGAGAGGAUCAUUGCUGAGGAAAGAGCUAAAGGAAACCAGGAUGAGUUACUUCUAGCAACAAAAAUUUUUCAUAGACUUGGCAAACUCUAUCUGAAUGGUCUGUUUAGUCUGAUUGACACAUUUCCCAGUGAACAUUUUUUCGGAAGUGUGAACAUAUUCCAAGGGGUCUUAAAAAAUGAGACAAUUGUGGAGAUCUGGAAAGAUAUGGAGUCGCGCUACUUUCCAGGAGCCCCACCAAUCUACAGCGAUCCCAUGGGGUUCCUCAGUUACCUUCUGUCUCGGAUGGUAGAACCCCAAAUGAACCGAAUCCUGAAAGUAGCUUCAGAAGUUGGAAAAAUAGACAUCGACCAACUUUAUGAGGAUGCACAGAUGGCUAUAAAUUUGGUCAGAGAAAAGGCCAUGGAAAUUUCAACCUUAGAGAUGCAAAAAGAGAAGAAUGAUUUUCUAAUAACAUUGAGAACUGCAUUUGGGGUUCUCACGUUUUACUGGGAAAAUCUUUUGGAGUACACUGAAAGCUGGGCAUUCCACAAUAAAUAUUUAGCUGCCUUAAGGCGAUGGAAGGAGCUAGCAGUGCUGAAAAACACAUCUGAAAAUUAUCAUGUAAUUAUUGACCCAGAGACAGGACGUCAAGCCUUAAUUUGGGCAGAUCAGCAUUUUGGCAGUUAUUUUGGUAAUGAGAAAUUCAAUCAGUCCAGCUGGGCCAUCCUUAAGAUUGCUACAGUUUACCCUCUUCCUAUAUAUGAAAAACUGUCUGAAAGUGGCCUUGGGAUUUCUGAGAUCAAUUCUUGUCUAAUCAACGCUAAUGACAUACUCACUGAACUACUAGGAGAAGAAAUCUUGCACAAUUUUAGGGGAGUGCUUAAUGAACAAUGGAAUACUUUUAAUAACGAAAUUUUGCAGCUCUCCAUAAACAAGCAAAACAAAUUUACAUCAGAUGGGGAAGGGGAGGACCAAUUGCGACAUUUACACAAAAUUAAAGAAAUACUCUUUGACAUCUGGGACCAAGUUCUCUCGACGAUCAAUACAAAUAUGAAUGAGGAUGAUAUUGAACAAUCAGCAAGGUACUUGGAUGAAGUGAAGACCGUUUUCAUUAAAGAGUUAAUUGACAGUGGAGAAAUAACUCAAGAGAAGCUUGAUGAAGCACACAAAACACUCAUCAAUGUAACACACACACUCUUCGAGAAAUAUGUAAAAAUGAUCGAUGGUCUGGAUGAAAGGAUCAGUGUUUCUAUUCAAACUCUUGGCAAAGUGAUGCUGAAGACCUUUUCUACUACAAAUACUGUCCUGAUUAAUACAUUGGGCUUCCUUCUGUCUGAUUAAUCUCUCUCAGGACAAUAACAUUUUUUGUACUUUUGUCGUAGGCCUUCUGUGCCAUAUGAAUAAUCCUUGUUUUAUCCAUCCAUCUCACUAAGUAUACUGCCUGUUUUCUCCUCCCUCUUUUGUCUCUACAGUAUUUUGUUCCUGUUCUUGUCUGUAUGCUGAAAUGUGGCCUCAUAAAAUCUGUAGCAGGGAACAGAGUUGAGUCUGAUCCUUGUUCCCAAACUCGUAAUUACACAUUUGUUUAAAUAGAUUAAAUCAUGUUUAAAUGCUACUAAAACAACGUAAAGAAUCUUUUUAGUAUGUAAAAAAUAUUUAUAAAAUUUUUUUUCGGACAUACUGAUUUGCAAAAUCAUACAGGUUUAUAAGGUUUGAUGCAGCAUUUUGUGUGUUCACAAACUGCAGGGAUUUUGGUGUGUUUGCUGGGAUUCAAGGAAAUCUGCUUGCCAGUUUUCAGUAUUAGUCUAACAUAUACAGUUAAGCAGGAGUGUGCAAUUAUUUUGGUACAGGGGCCACAUCAGCCUUUAAGUAGAACAUGAAAGAGAGAAGAUGAAAAGUUCUGAAUAACUGAAUGGUAGUUGUGCACUCAUGCACUCAAUGAAUGAUGCACAGUUUUCUGAAGUGUAUACAGUCUGAUGGGACCAUUCUGCGAUUGCUUGAAGUUUUAUUAAAACUGAAUUAAGAUAGAAUAAAAUUAUUAAUUGUUUAUUUUACCAUA